UCAUCAGACAAGUCGCGGGGUCGGGUGUUGGAACUACUACAACUCGUGUGUCAGUCUGGACCCGAAACAGAACACACGCUAGACGCGUUCGCGACACCGCAAGUUCCACACGCGAAAAUCACUGCAGUGCCAAUCCGCAUAACCAAGCUAACCGACUAGUAACGCACGCGCGUCAUGUGCCACCUAGCGAGUAGAAGUGAUGUUAAGUCUACGUGUGGUGCAACAGUGCGCGUAUGAUGACGCUACUCAACCGCUACGCAUGGCCGCUAUGGCUCGGAACCCUCACAAUACUACUACAGAUAUUCACAUGCGUCGCGUUUGAAAACCAACAUCAAUACAAAGGACUUUAUUCAAAAUCUUUACAUCCUGAUGAUUUUAUCUUGAAUUGGACAAUACCAAGACGUGUCUCUGAGUUUGGUCAACAUGUCAGCCAUAAAUUGGAGACUUUUCAUGAUGGUCCAGUGCAUUUUAAUGUUACCAUCGAUGAACGUGAACACAUGUUGGUUCUACAACCGUAUAAGAGCUUUAUAGCUCCGAAUUUAAUUAUAGAACGCAUGCGUGCUAAAAAUUUACACACACGAAACCGGCUUAAGAGGAGUUUGGAUUGUUAUUAUCAUGGACAUGUGUACAAUGAUGAAAAAUCACGUGUUGCAGUUUCAACCUGUAAUGGUUUGACUGGGUUUAUUCAUACAGAAACCGGAAGAUAUUUUAUUGAACCAGCUUUGAUUUCUAACAAAGAAAAUAUACAUAAACACUUGAUAUUUAAACGUGCAAUUUCUGAUGUGGGUAGAAACCGGAAGCGGAAAAAACGACGCCGGAGGGGUUCCAAAAACUGUGGGACACGUGAACCUAAACGAAUGACAGAAUUAGAGUGGUAUCAACAUACCGGAAGUGGAAAAAUAAACGUACAGGAAAAACGCCACAAGAUGCGUGAAAAGAUCCGAUUUGCUUCGAUGAACAACUUGAAAAAACUCAAAUACAAAAGCGUGCAUCACAAGCGACAUCAGAGGCACAGAAUUAAGCGAUCCAUCAGCAGCCCACGGUAUGUGGAGGCCCUUUUAGUAGCUGAUUCGUCCAUGGUUGAGUUUCACGAAGAUGGCGAUGUGGAAACGUAUCUUUUGACAAUCAUGAAUAUGGUUUCUUCAUUAUAUCUAGAUCCUAGUAUAGGAAACCUUAUCAAUAUUGUAGUGGUCAAGAUAAUCCUCAUUGAUGAUCCUUCCGCAGCUCCCGAUUUGAAUAUAACUGUAAACGCGGAUUUGACUUUGAAAAACUUCUGUAAAUGGCAAAAGGAAUUGAAUCCCAAAAAUGAUUCCCAUCCACAUCAUCAUGAUGUCGCCAUUUUGAUUACCAGGAAGGAUAUUUGUGUUAAACAGAAUACUCCUUGUAAUACCCUUGGGGUUGCUAAUGUUGGAGGGAUGUGUAAAAGUGGAAGGAGUUGUAGUGUCAAUGAAGAUAAUGGGAUAUCACUAGCACAUACCAUUGCUCAUGAAAUGGGUCACAAUUUUGGGAUGUAUCAUGAUACAGAUAAAAUAGGUUGUAAGGGACGUGAGGGUUCCAUGCUCCACAUAAUGACACCUUCCUUUGAAGCGGAUACUGUAGAGGUAUCCUGGUCAUCUUGCAGUCGUAGAUAUGUCACCACUUUCCUUGAUAAGGGAUAUGGUGAAUGUCUCCAGGACUCACCAUCUGAAGAAAUCGCCGAGUAUGAAUACCCGCAACUCCCAGCUGGGGCUAUCUACAACGCAGAGUAUCAAUGUCGUCUGCAGUUUGGUAAUAAUGCCACUGUAUGCGUGCAGUUGGAUGAAAUCUGUACCAGGUUAUGGUGUGAGGUGAAUGGGUCCUGUACAACUCAACUAAGACCAGCUGCACCGGGGACUCAUUGUGGGAAACACAUGUGGUGUCAGGAACAAAAAUGUGUUCCUAUGAUGGACCCACCAAUUGCAAUCGAUGGAGGUUGGGGAGAAUGGUCCCCUUGGAGUGACUGCUCUAGAACCUGUGAUGCAGGUGUCUCCAUCAUGGAAAGAGAGUGUGACCAUCCUAGACCCAGUGGUGGGGGUAGAUUCUGUGUAGGAGAACGUCGUAGGUACAAAAUAUGCAACUCGGAUCCAUGUAGACAAAAGACACCUACAUUCAGGGCACAGCAGUGUAGUGCUUUUGAUAAUGAGACCUAUGAGGGUCAACUUAAUACAUGGGUACCAUUUUUUGAUAAAAAUGAACCUUGUAAACUUUACUGUUCUGAUGCUAAUGACACAGUGAUAGUCCCAUGGAAAGAGAGGGCAGCUGAUGGUACACCUUGUAAUGUAGGGACAAGGGACCUCUGUAUUGCUGGUAUUUGCAGGAAAGUAGGUUGUGAUUGGACAGUGGACUCCAUAGCAGUUGAAGACGCCUGUGGGGUAUGCCAGGGAGAUGGUACCACAUGCGAUACCAUCAAAGGAAUCUACCAGAAACAAAGUGGAGGAGCUGGAUACAAAGAAAUGUUUGUUGUUCCAAGUGGUUCUCGAAAUAUUCGCAUUGAGGAAAUUGAUUAUUCAGCGAAUUACAUUAGCAUUGCGAGCGCAGUCUCACAGCGCACGUACUUGAACGGAAAAGGGCACAUCACCCUCCCGGGCGAGUACACCGUGGCAGGUGUGCAAGCGCUCUACGAACGGGAUAAUGAAUUGGAAAAGAUACGCAUUCCAGGACCCAUUCAGGAAUCCAUCUUGUUCUAUAUAUUCUUCCAUGGUAAUACAUACAACCCAGGAGUGAAAUAUGAGUUUACAAUGUCGAAGAAGAAACCCCCGAAAGAAGUUAAAUAUGACUGGGUGCUUGACGAAUGGACGCAAUGUUCGGCAACAUGCGGGGGUGGCACACAGACCCAACUGGCACUAUGUCAAGAGUCCAUAAUAGGUUUCAAUACACUUUUAGCUGAAGGAUCUGCUACUAUUGUCGAUGAAUCGUACUGCGAGGAGUCGGAACGACCGCCUCCGGCGUUAAGGGUGUGUAAUGAAGAAAACUGCCCUUAUCACUGGUGGAUAGGACCAUGGCAAUCAUGUCCUGUUAGUUGUAUACCACAGCAAGGGGAGAAAGCUGUACGUCGCAGGAGUGUAAUGUGUGUAGAUGGACUAGAGAUGGCGUUGCCUGAUCAUUUCUGCGCGGCGGAUACCCGCCCCAAGGAGCGGGAACCCUGCAAAGGCGUGCCGAAGUGUGUCGAGGACAAUGGGGAUGAAAACGAGACCUAAAUUUCGUCAGUUUGCACCAAGGCCAUUGUAUUUUACACCACAAACACGAUAAUUUAUUUUAUUAACCGGUAAUUUUACAAAUAUCAGUUUAGAGUUAAGGGUUGACCCUUUUUUAAUUGCACGAUUACUUAAAUAUUUAAAUAUUUAACAAUAAAUUAAUGAUUAACAACAA